UAAGCCAACUGUGGAUGAAGCACAUAUUAUUACAUUAAUACAUAAAUACAUGAAUUUCAAGGACAACGAUAAAAAACAUAAAUAUUAGUAGGACAUGUUUGUAAAUAGUUUUGCAUAGCGAAUAUUUGCCGAUUUAAUAACGAAGAUAUAAAUAAGUAAACAAAAACUAAUUCAAUUUAAUUUUCAAAGCUUUACUGGAAUAGUUCAAGCUGGUUCAAGUAAAAGUAACAUUUUAAGAUUAUGGAUUAUUUGUUCUGCAUAAAGAGAAAACCUAGUAAGGGUUGUCCUGAUUUGAAUGAAGCAUUAAUUACAACAAUCAGCAGUAAUAAUGUUAUUGCAUUUACCACACAAACUGAAAUUGAAGAUAACUCAAUAAGAAGUUAUGGUUCUCAUGUAUAUGUAGCUGAUUUGAAUACACCAUGGCUAUCGCACAAGAUCUUAUCAAAUGCAUGUUUAGUCACAGUACUUCAAUGGGACAGUACUGGAGAGCUGUUGCUUAUGGCAGAUGAAUCUGGCUCUAUUCAAAUUUAUCAAAUGAAGGAACAUGUAUUAAAUGAAUGGAAUCUCAAAUGGCAGACUUCAUUGCAUGGUGAGCAUAUUCUCUCAGCUGCUUUCUUCCAUUCUGGUAAAAAGACUUGCUUAAACCCAGAGAAAAAAGAUAGUUUGUUCUACAAUGAGAAAUUUCAAAAUGUUAAAUUUGCAUGUUCUGUUAAACAAUUCGGAAGUAGGCCUGCAACUGGUGCUCUGCUGCUUACCUCGACUGGAUUACUAGCUGCUAUCAUAAUACCACAUUACACAUCACAGGCACCUAUGAUAGUAGCAACAGAAAGUUUAGGACCAACAAGGAUCUACAUAAAAACUGCUGAUAUUUGCUAUGGGAAAAAUGGUCACUUUUUGCUGGCCGUUAGCAGUGGCGAUAUUAGUAUGCCGAUCCAAUGUUAUAAAGUGUCUGUUCGCAAAAGCGAAGAUAAAUGUGUAAUAACAAGUGAAACAUUGCCAAGUUUCUUUCUCUCAGAAGGAAGUAAAGAAGUUAUAAUGGAAGUGUUUUUGAAAGAUAGAAGAUACGCGGAUUUGUUAAAUUUGAAUUGGGUGAUGAAAGAGGACGCUGAUUCAUUGGUAGUCGCUGUUGGAAACGAUUCUGGAAGCUGUUUACAAGUUUGGGAAUUAAGAGAGAAGGCGCUUCCGGUUCACGAAGUACUGGCAGAUACUGGAGAGCCUAAAUUCUUUAAUACUGUGCUGUGGCAGUUUCAAUGCAGUUUUCAGUACGGUCACAAAGUUAUGUCGUUGGCUACAAGUAAAAUGACUUUCCUUAAUACACUUUCGAGUAGUUAUAUUGUGGUUGCGUUUGCGGAUAAUUCUAUUCAUUGCUUGUACAGAGACACGUUGAAGUCGAUUUGCAAUAUAACGUUGGGCAAUUUACCUAGCGAAGAACAUUUUUCUAAAUAUUCCAGAUCUUCGCACAGAAUCCACACCAUCGAUAUGUCUUGGUUGGGAAACGUGUUAAUCGUUAUUGAUGCAGAUAGUUACAUCCAUGUCUUUAAAUUGCCACCGCAAAUAGAGAGCUCGACUCCUCUGAGCGUUCCUUACGCGACAACAAUGUUAGAGUAUUGCUUGAUGACUGGAUUGGAUUGGCUUGAUUUAUUGCUGGUUCUGAGAUCCGGUAUGUUGGAUCCUUUGUGCGAUCGUUUUACAGAAAGCUUCAAUAGACAACCAUCUUCAAUCCAACAAUAUUAUUAUAUCAAAUAUAUGUGUAUAAAAGCAUCACUUUACAGAUUGAGUUUACAAGGACAAAGCAAGGCUAACGAUUUGAUUCAGUACCUAAUGCUUCACAGCAUAGCCACGUCAUUCAAAAGUUUAUUAAGGCCCAGUGAACAGUGCAGCCCAGGAGAUUCAUUAUCUAGUGUAGUAACGGCUGAAGGUCAAAAUGACGUUGAUAAAGUUUUAAUGCAUUUGGAAGCCAAAGAAUUUACGGUGGAACCGUCGACGUUGCAGAGUCUUCAACAGUUGAUCCAAUGGGUUUCCGAUUUAGCUUUGAAUCUGUUGGUGAAACUGCCAGAUAGCAGACCAUCAGUGGCCAAAUCUUACGAACUUUUGAGAGAUAUAAAAGCAAUCAACACGCUUCGUGAGAUGUUAGUUCUGAUAAGGAUAUGGGGCUUACUUAGACCUGCCUGUCUUCCUGUUUUCAACAAAUCGGACUUCAAUUUGGAUGUAUUAGCUUUGAUCUUUAGAUUGUUGAGCAAAUUGGUGCAGAACGUUUCGGAACCCGAGGACUCGCUUAUCGACGAAUGUUGCUUGCUUCCGAGUCAAGUACAAGUGCAACAACUACAGUUACAAAAUAAUCGCGUCGUUUUGGCUUCUCAUCAAAUGUUCCAGCAACUUCUUCCACUUUCGCUUGAAUUUAACGUAGAACCUGAAUGUUUGAUAAGUUCUAAUGAUUCUUUCUAUGGCCAAACUGUUGAUAGCAUUAGACAUGUAUUUCUCGGUAGGAGUCCAAGAUGUAUUAAGCAAUGUGUUAGAUGCGGUUCAUCUGCUGGUAUAGUACCGGUAACCAGAACUGCUGCCAUCCGUGCGUGGGAUCAAAGAUGGUCAAAGUCUUGCCUUUGCGGUGGUCAUUGGAGGGUUCAGAUAACUCAUGGAUAAUUAAGUGUUAGUUUAUCUACGAUUUUAAUUAUAUAUUGUUUUGUUUCUUUUUUAAAACGUAAAUUAUGAAA